AUAUCGCUGUCGCUAAUUGCGAUCGUACAUAUCUCUAGUGGAGAAUAGAAUCUUACAAUCGUGAAUCUUGCCAUCUCACAUACAUACGCACCAGGAUCACCGAAAGAAUGAUGCUAAUCGGAUUCGUACUGUUCGCCAUGUGGAUCAGGACUUCUGUAUCAGAAUUGCCUCCUGGAGUAACAUCAUGUCCACGAACAGACAAUUUGGCAGAGUACAACAAGUGUAUUCUUAAACAGCUUCAAGCUCUCACGCCGCUUCUUGUCAAGGGAGUGCCCUCUUUAAAGUUGCCAGCAUUAGAUCCUUUGUUUCUGCCAUCUUUGACAAUAGAUAGGAAUUUAGAUUCCUUAAAAAUUAAAGCUAAUAUGAGUCAAAUUCGCGUUUAUGGCGGUACGAAUUAUGUUGUGCGCGAUCUUAAAGCAAAUCCCAACGAUUUGACCGUGUCUAUUAAGGUUCUAAUGCCUCACAUUCAUGUGAACGGCGAGUAUGACGUCCAAGGAAGAUUGUUGCUGCUGCCUUUAAGCGGACUAGGCAAUUUUAAAGGGAAUUUUACUGAUACUGAAGCCCAAGUAAAUGCACAAGGCAAGGAAAUUACCGAUAAAGAUGGCGUGCAGAGAAUCGAAAUCGACAAAUUUGUUACCAAAGUUCGCGUCGGUGAUGGAAAUAUUAAACUAAAGGCACCUCCUGUUCACACAUUAGCCGCCGAAGCCGCUGCAACGUUUUUUAAUUCCAAUCCCCGGCUAGUGUUGGACAUAGCCAGUCCAAUUAUUGAGGAUACUGCCGCGACUGUGAGCAAAGCUCUAGCCGCUAGAGCACUCAGUGUUCUUACUAAGCAAGAACUCGUUCCUUAAUUUUUAUAUAGUUAUCGAAUCUUGCUCGGCUCGUCAUAAAAAAUGCGAAUAUUGCGAUAAGUAGGUGAUUUAAUAUAGAUUUAUUCGCUUUUUUGUCUUAUAUCAUUUUUAUAUACAUUUCGUUGGCUAAUUGGUAAAACAUUGUUGUCUCAUUUCCAAAGAAAAUCAUUUAUUUAAUUACGCAAUCGUGAGACAUUAUUUGUUUUCACUUUAGUAUGUUGCGAAAAGUGAAUUGUUACUUUAUUUAAAAAAGAUACGUUAUAUACAAAUUGAUUAGCUGACGCUCACUUUUUUGUUUAUUUGACAAUUUGUUAUUUGCAUUUUGUAUAUUUUAUUGUUAUAUCUAAUUUUAUUAGUAAAUGUCGUAUAUUAUAUUAUUAGAUGGCACUUUCUCUAAUAAAAAAUAUUGUAAUUGUA